CUGGGGUUAACCCCAUUUGUUUCUUUUUUCCCCCUUUGACUCUAGGACAUCCCAUGAUUAAUUCACAGGGUGGUCGCGUCACCUGCUGGCACAGCUGAGCUCUAUCUGUGCUUCCACAAUUGCGCUCCGUGAUCCACCCUGAACUCUUUCGUUAUCCUGAGCGCUGGCCUUACGAGAUACGUCUUGCCUCUCCGGUUGGGUCCGAAGCGCGAAAAAGUACUCGAUUGAUAAUCUUGAUGAAUGGGGCUUCUACAAGUUUAUCUACACGCCGGCGUCUUCACCUUUCGAUCUUUUGUACAUAGUUUCGUUGGCUAAUACUCUCCAUGGAUACCUUUGCCAGAAUGUCCACUGGUGUCGCAAGACGAACACUUGGCAUCGGGUUGCUUCUGAUCGUAGUCGUUCUGUGGACGGCUUCGAAUUUCCUGGCUAGUACGAUAUUCGCCGACGAUACGUACCCCAAACCGUUCUUUGUGACGUAUAUUAACACCUCGUUGUUUAUGCUUCCUCUCUUUACGAUAAUCCUUGGUCGGGUCUGGAGAUUAUGGCGUUCGGGAAAGCUCUCCCAGAUACACUCGUUUCAAAGUUUCUUGCGGCACAUUGAUUCACAUGAUCCGGAUGCUGAAACAACAAGGCGGGACAAUGCUUACGAGCCCGCAGACCCUGAAACAUGGAAUACAGCUACGUUGGAUUCAGGAGGAAAAGAAGAGGAAUCUGUCAAGCUGGGCUUGAGGGCGACUGCAAAGUUAAGCCUGCAAUUUUGCAUGUUAUGGUUCCUUGCAAAUUACUUUGCCAUGGCUUGUCUGCAAUACACGACCGUAGGUAGCACCACCAUUUUGACUUCUACCAGCGGUGUGUGGACCCUGAUAUUCGGCGCACUCAUUGGUGUUGAAAAAUUCACUGUCCGCAAACUCGCCGGCGUCGUCGCCUCCUUGGUGGGGAUUAUUUUGAUAUCCCGUGUUGAUCUAUCUGCAUCAGACUCACCCCCUGCAGAUGAUGGCAGCGGCGGCAGGUUUCCGAACAAAAGCUCCACCGAGAUCGCGCUCGGCGAUGCCAUGGCCGGAUUCAGCGCGGUCAUGUACGGAGUGUAUACGAUUGUAUUAAAAAAACAAGUCGGAGAUGAGUCCCGAGUGAACAUGCAGUUAUUCUUUGGUCUCGUCGGACUCAUUAAUAUGAUUCUCAUUUGGCCCGGUUUCAUUAUAAUGCAUUUCACCGGAAUCGAGACAUUUGCACUUCCUGAAACAGGCAAAGUUUGGACUAUUAUUUUGGUUAACUCCGUAUCCUCGCUUUUAUCUGACAUCUGCUGGGCCUACGCUAUGCUCUUGACGACUCCUCUCGUCGUCACCGUCGGCCUCUCAUUGACCAUCCCUCUCUCCCUUGUGGGCCAGAUCUUCCUUCAAGGCGUGACGUCGAGCGCGUUGUAUUGGGUCGGCGCUGCGAUCGUGUUCCUGUCGUUCUUAGUUGUGAACCAUGAAAGUAAGGAGAAGAGUAAUGAGGAAACGUCAGCGGGAGACUAUGAUGCUGUUCCCGGAGAAGAGACGGAGAGGUGAUAUACAUCUGAUCUCAGGGCAACUAAUUAGAUUAAAGUUAGUCCAGAAUAACAGAAUCUAACCGUAUAUAUACACACAAAUCGCCAAUUCGUUAAAAAACUAUCCUUUGUUUUCCAUAAGAAUAGAACAGAACAUAAGAUUACAAUAGGACCCUAUCACGUGGCAGAUAAGAGAGAACAAUAAAGGACGCAAAUUAUCCAACCCGCCACUGGAAAAUAGCAUUGCGGCUUGAUACCUACUCCACCAUGGUGAUUUCUCGGUA